GUGGCCGGGUCCCGCUCCGCACGACACUUGCCGUAAAGCGGCAAGGCGGCGCUCUGGAAAGCUGUCGUGGCUGAGCCACACUGCCGUCAGCCGUCGCGCGGUCGUAAGCGCCUUGCCGCGCUGGCCGCACUGCUGCGCGGCGAGGAAAGUGUCGCGAGGGGUCGGGUGGCGCGCGCGGCCCCAUGUGGCGGGGGGCGGCAGCGGCGGCGGCGCUGUGCCUGGGCGUCGCCUGCCUGCUGGGCCGCGGGUUCGAUCCCCGCGCCUGGCUGCCGGGCGGCGGCCGCCUGCUGCGCGCCGCCGAGCUGGCGCGGUACCGGGGGGCGGAGGGCGAGCCGGGGCUCUACCUCGCCCUGCUGGGGCGGGUGUUCGACGUGCAGCGCGGCCGCAGGCACUACGGCCCCGGCGGGGCCUACAGCGGCCUCUCAGGGAAGGACGCCACCAGAGCGUUUGUGACCGGGGACUUCUCGGCGACGGGCCUGGUGGACGACGUCUCGGAGCUGUCGCCGCUGGAGAUGCUCGCCGUCCAGAGCUGGCUCUCCUUCUACAGCAGCAACUACGUUUUCGUGGGAAAGCUGGUGGGCAGAUUCUAUGAUGAAAAUGGAGCACCGACAGAAGCCUUAAGGCAGGCUGAGGCUGCUAUUGGGGAAGGCCUGAAGUUCAAGGCAGAAAGCGACCAGUGGAAGCAGCAGUUUCCACCCUGUAACUCCGAAUGGAGCUCUGCCGGGGGCAGCCGAUUCUGGUGCUCCAAACAGAGUGGAGGCAUAAACAGAGACUGGAUUGGAGUCCCCCGGAAACUGUACGUACCUGGUUCGAGGGGGAGCCACUGCGUGUGUGUGAGAGCUACUGGUCCCCCAUCUGGACAGCUGGACUCACCCGAGCACCGCGACAGAGGUGAUCUGGAUAACCCUCGCUUGGAGGAGUACGAAGGCUGCCAUCCACUGGCCGAAUGGUGCGUCCUGAAAGCGUGACUCCAAGCGCUGGAUGUGUGCGCCUAGUCCUACGGCAAACUGUUGCACUUUGGGUGGGCAAUUGCAGCUCCAGCUGCAUUCCCUUCCAUCUGUCAGUGCAAAGGGAGAGAGAGCAAUUUCAAGUUCUUUGUAACUGUAUUUAAUACGUGACAAUGGAGCUAAGAGAAAGAGGGAACAUUUUUAGCCAAGUGAAGCAGUUAGUGGCUGAAAAUCAGCAAUAGGAAACUUGCUUUCUUAGUGCUUUAUCCCUAUGGUAUUUUUACAUCUGGCAACAAAUUGUAGUACAUGUAGCCUGGACUAGAUUUAAAAGACAUGUCUCAUGCAGUCAGGAAAUAGAUGCCUGUGUGCAUAGUGGUGGGUAUAAUAUGUUGUAUUUUAAGGAAGUGAGUUGGUGAGCACAAGAACUACUGCAGCAGCAUUGACUUCAGCUUAUGUACAGUCCUCCACUGUCACUCAGGCUCUGCUUACUACACUGUAGUGCUAACGCUCCUUCCUACUCACCUGCUUUGCUCCAAAGAGUUUAAAGGUAGCAGGGGAGAAGCCUGAAUUUCUCCUGCAAUGAAGGUUCAGAGUAUCUAGGAUCUCGUGUAGUCUAGUUAUACAAAAGCUCUGCUUAUCAAGGUCUCGGAGUGCAGAAGGCAAAGGUCAUAGCUGCAUUUCCUCAUUUGGUAUUUGUAUUAGAUGUUGAGCAAAGAUAACGGAAGGUACCCAUGCAGAUUGUUGUUUUAAACUAACCUCACCUUCCUGGUCCUCUGAUUUACUACUUUCAAAUGAAUCAGAGGUCAGAAAUUGAUAGUUUUAAUUAGACUGUAAUGAAAGCUAUAUAACAACGUGACCAUCCUGCUGUAAUCUCCCUCUUUUUCCUAUUUCCAUUCUGGUUUGUGACACCUCUGCCCUGCCCCUGAUCCGAUACACGUCUAUCAGACUACAACCUGAGGUUGAUAUCCUCACUACCCAAGGCCCAGCUCACUUGAGGGAUUUUGCCAGCUGUGAUAAAAUACAACCUUUAACUUCACUGACUCCCAGAAGAGCAGGGCAAGUUACUACCAUUUCUGUGCAGGACUAAGAAGGAGAAGGGAAAACCAGAGUAGGGCCCAGGUACUAUAAACCCAGGCUGCAACAGGGCUUUUAUUGUUUUCCUAGAGUCUGCUGCUAAAAUAGAUUACAUGUAGUCCAGCAGUGGCACACUUCUGUGCUGAGCUGUGUUCAGUUCCUCUUGUUAAAGCAACAACCACCUAUUUAGAAACAACUGGGAGGUGUUUAUAAAGCCAUUACAUGUUUUGAGCUAUUUCUACCUCUCAUCCCCCCAAAAAACACCCACAAAUCUAAGCAAUUAGUUAAUAAGCUAGUGAGACUACGAAAGGCCUGGCAGCAUCCCUUCCGAGGGAGAAAAUCACUGUUGCGGUGACAGGAGGUAUAUACCACAGCACUUUACCCCUGUGGGGUUUAGAAAAAUGAGGCUACAGGGCCUUGGCCCAGGGCCACACAGCAGCUUAAGCAUGUGUAUGUGCUUAUUAGAAUAAAUGGUCAGGGUUUUUUAAACCUGGUUUUGCUGCUUAUUUUCUGUCAUCAUCUCAAAGUUGUCCUACAGAGGAAAAGUCCUCCAAGGCACUUACAGACCAAUGCACUGGGUCUUGCCUGCCACGACUGCAAGUUGUACAAGUAGAUGGGUGGCAGCAUAGAGCCAUCACACAGUGCUCGAGUCCUCAGUCAUGCUUCUAGAACUAAACUGAGCCUCAGGCUUGUGCCAUCCUUGGAGAUACUAAGUUUUUAGCUUAGAAGAUAUUAGACUUUUUAAAAAACUGCAGUAGGGUAGGAACUGCAAAGCAGUGCUUCCAUGUCUUGGCUCCUUAGUGGGCAUUGUAAAGGUCCUCUGCUUUUGGGCACACAUGCCAUCUUAGCAAAAAAAUUGCCUGUUUAGGGGUCAGCAGCACAACUGACCUCAAAUUGUUGCUACUAAUUCAGUAAGAUUAUCACAGGGAGCAGUCCCAGCAGCAAAUGUUUUAGCUAACUGACUGAAAUGAUUGGCAAGUUCAGCAUUUUUAAAAAUAACUCAAAAGUUAUAGCAUAUUCCAGGUUAUUGAAUACAAAGAUUAAUCUGUAACUGCAAAGCACUUGGAUUUCUAGUGAAGGGUGGCAUCAGCCACAGAGCUUCUAAGUUUAAGCAAGUUUCAUCUUGCUGUAUGCUUAAGACUGCUCUUCCCAAUGCAAGUAGUGUUGAAAUGCUAAUGGGAUGGUUUUGACAUCUUAAGAGCCACAUGAAACCAAGUAUGGGGCUAUAGAAAGGUAAGACUGAUUUUGGAGAGUCACUUGUUGCUUUGAGUUAAAAAAUAAAAAAUUUGUAACUUAUUCCUCAGUUUAGCAUCUAGGGAAAAAAAUACUUUCAUUCUAACACCAGGAAGAAAAUCAUCUAUUAAAAUAAGGAGACUCCCUUACUCUGUUCCAAAAGGAUUGUCUUAGUUUUUUACUACCCUAAUUAAAAAACUAAGUUAAGUUCUCUCCAGGGUGGGGAAGGAGGGGAAGAAAAAUUAUUUUUACAAGGGUCAAUAAAAAAGUACUCCAGUGGUAUUCACA